AUUUGAUCUAGUUUGCAAGUUACAGCUCUUUCGGGGCCCCUUGUUAUACAAAUUUACACACUCGCAGGAAUUCCGUUGCCGAUGUAGACCUAAAUUGCGCAUUAAGUCGGCAUGGAUGGAUUAGAACGAGACGAAAACGAUCCAGAGUACAAAAAAAUUCCUCCUGGUUCGGUUUACGAAUUCAAAGGAAUCGAUUCCAGAGAAAAAAUCAACAUACCAGAGAUACCAAGAAAUCGCCAAUGCACGAACAUUUUUUGUUGUUUUCCAGUGCUGUUGAUCUGCUUGUCCUCGUUGGGCCUCGCGAUCUAUGUGGCCGUAAGUGUCGACGUGAGAAGAUUCGUGAACGGAGAAGACGAAUGUGGUAACAUAUGUGGAAUCGAAAACACCAAAGUGUCAAAACCUGAUUGUGAGCCGCAGGAUUAUACAAACAUGGCGAUAACGUCCUACAGCGACAGGAGUUGCGUCCACGAGUGCAAAGACGAUAGAGUGUUGAUCUUCAAUCGCUGCAUCUCUAAAGAGAACGACAUCGAAAUAGACGUUCUCGUUUAUUACAUUUUUAACGUAAUAUUCAAGAGUGGAGUAAGUGCGUUGGUGAUGGCCCUGUUGGCGAUUGGCUUCAUCUUAGUCGUGCUAGUUGCUUUUCGGUACGCGACGGCUUUCACGUUUUGGUUCUUCGUAGUCGUUAUGAUUCUCUUGACUGCUGCGUUUGCCGGACUAUUCUGGUACCUUUCCAUGAUUAUACAGGCAAUCAUAAUGACGGUUAUACUGAUAAUCUAUUUUGCUUUUUUGUUUAUACUUUUAUGGACCGGCCGACACAAACUCGUCAUCGCUCUUAUACGGGAAGCUUCGAUCGCAAUUUUUAAUAUCCCAAUACUUCUGGCUUUUCCCGUUACGACGCUGAUAAUACUACUCGGCCUAGACGGUUUUACGAUUUAUCUUGUGAUGGCGUAUUUAUCUAGUACUGAAGAUGAGAUCAGCGAGGGACUGCUGACCGCCUUCUGGCUUCUUUGGGCAAUUGGUAUGAUCCUAAUGCACGCUUUCGUGAAUGGGUUCCAGUGGAUGGUCAUCGCUGGAUCCGUCGCUGGAUACUACUUUACAAAGGAUAAGUACCAAGUGGGCAACACCGAAUUUGUCAAUAGUUUCUACGUGACGAUUCGAUACCACCUCGGUACCAUAAGCGCAGGAUCCUUGAUAAUAACUAUACUUUCGAUAAUUAGGGCGGCCGCAGAAUUGGCAAGGGACAACGUCGACGAUGCAAGCGUUGCCAUCGUGAUACUCUACUACUGCUUGUUGUGUUGUGUCGCUUGUAUAGAGGAAAUUGCCGACUACCUGGCCAAGAAAGCUUACAUCAUAACAGCUAUGCACGGCAAGGGGCUGCUGAACUCUGGCACGCGUGCCGUCAGGUUGAUAUGCAUGUUCCUCCUAGACCUCGUGAUGGUAGAUCAAUUCUCCUACUUGAUGGUAAAUGGGGCAGCGAUGGUGAUUCUUCUCAUAACGUUGGGAAUCGGGUUCGCGAUGCACUUGAAUGACUGGAGCGACUAUUUCAUCUUCUUGAUAAUACUGGGAGUAUAUCUUAUUUCAACGAUUCUGUACUUCUACUUUUCGUUGCUGAACGCUUCCAUCGAGACGACGUUUCUGUGUUUCUGUGAAGACAAACUGAUGAACGACGGAAGCUCCGCUCGCCCUUAUUAUAUGACGAAGAGUCUUUCGAAUCUCAUGGUCCAAUGCACGGACGUAGCGAAAGGCAGGCUGUUCAAAAGACGAGAAAAGCGUCUGGAACGACAACGACGUAGUGAGGACAACAACUGACGCAGAUGAAAAUACGGAUUAUGGAAAAAU